UAAAUGAAGCACGUAAUGUAGGUUUUCACAAAUUGGAAGGGAGAGGAAAGCGAUGAAACGUUGCGAAAUGGUGUUCGAAACAACAACAAGGGGAGGGUGCAAGGAGCACCCACACGAUAAGCAAUCACCUGGUGUUUGUUCAUCUUGUUUGAGGGAAAAACUCUCGCAGUUAUACAGCACCAACCCUAUUAUUGACCCUCUUUGUUUUUCUCCUCAAUCGCCUGCAUCUCCUCAUCAAUCUUUUUCUUCGAGUCGCGGUGGUGGCCACCGUAAACCACGGUUCCGGCGAAACGCUUCGCUGGUGGCGGCGGAAUCUGGUUCGAGCGUGCAGGGCUUGAACUUGAAGAAGAGCAAGUCGCAUGCGUUUGGUUCGAAGAGCAGAGGGAGAGAGAGGGAUGUGAGUGGAAGGAAGAAAGAUGGGUUUUGGUCAAAGGUGCUCAAACUCAAGAUAAGAGACACGCGAGACUCCAUCGUCACUUCUAAGACCUCAACAUGAACGAAACAGGUGGUGAAGAUCAUUGUGGUUAUUGAUUAUUUUUUGUAAAUUUAAAAGUUUGAAUAUAUGUCGUGUAAAUUUAAAAGUUUAAAAGUUUGACUAUCAUCGUGGUUGUUCAGCCCAUUAAUUCAUGACCCAAUAAAAUAAUUUUAAUCCAUAACAGAAUCUUGGACCCAAAAA